UAUAUUAUACUAAAAUAAAAAAAAAAGCUAAAACAAAUUAAUGUAAAUAUUUUAUGUAUUUUAAUUUUUUUAAAAUUUUAAAAAACUAUUAAUCAUAAGCAUCCUAAAAAUUUAGUUAUUAUUAUAUUGUUUACAUAUACAAUGGGUAGUAAUAAUAGUGGUACUAAGAAAAAUUUAACUAACUACCCACCGUAUAAUGUACAACAUGCGCAGUUAAAUGCUACUUCACUAACUUAUAAGAAAUUGUGUUUUUUGUGGCUUUUCUUUUUUUUAUUACUAAAUAGUAUAAUACCAUUUGAAUCACAAAAUGACAAUAAAAAUGGCAGAAUUAUAAGUGAGCUCGAUAAAAAUGACAACAAACAAGAAGUGGUAACAGAGCUAAACAAUACAGAUUUGAAUAAGGUUGAUGAUGUAAGUGAAAACCAUGAUAAAAAAGAUAGUAAUAAUGGAAGUAAAAAUAAUGAACUUAUUGUGCCUGUUCAGGAUGAAGUGUUAUCUGAUAACAUUUAUACAGAACCAAAAGAAAAUGAAAAUAGUGAUAUAAACCUAAACGAUAAUGUUAACAGCGCAAGUAGUUUUAGUGAAAUGCAUCAACAAAUAUUACAAGACAUAAAAGAAAAAUGCCCUGGAAAUGAAAAUAAGCCUUCAAAUAAUAAAAAUACACACAUGCAUAAACAAUUGCAUGAUCAAAAUAAUAAUAGGAUUGCUCAUAACAUUGAAAAAAAAACGCAUCAAACAUUAAACACUGGUAAUGUUAAUAAAAAUGAAAGUAACAUAAGAGGUGAAAAAAACAGUGACGAUACAACACAGCAUGUAAAUAAAAAUAUUCAAAGUAAAAAUAUUAAAACAAAUGUUAACAAUUCGAAAAACAAUAGCAACACAAUGCCUUCAAAAUCAAGUCAGUCUAUGCAACAUACCAUAAAUGCACAAGAAAAUAUAAAUGAUGAAAAUAUGAUAAACACUACACAAAAAGAAACUCAAGUUGAUGCAAAUGAAUUAUAUGCAGAUGAUAUGACCUAUGAAGAAUCAGUCAGACACAAUAUAAGGUAUAUAAUACAAUAUGUUAACACACCAGGGUUAAAAGAUGAUGUACUUAGACAAUGGUUACAAUAUGUUUUAAGUUUACAAUAUUUUAAUGAGUUUUAUGAAAAUAAUGAAAAAUAUAAUACAGGUGAAUAUUAUACAACAGAACAAUAUCAAACAUAUGAUGGAAUUAACAAUAUGUAUCCAUAUCAAGGAGUUUAUACAACUGAUCAACCAUAUGAACAAAAUAUUUAUGAAAAACCAUCAACAGAUAUGACAUAUAAUACAGGAAACAAACAAAAAAGAUUAAAUGCACAAGAUUCGAAUUUAGGUUACACUAACUAUCCUAAUAAUUAUCCUUCUACAAGGUUACAAAAUAUAGGCGAUAUUAACACAGGGUAUCAAAACAUAAAUAACAAUAUGAAUCAAGCAUUUGGAAAUAGAGGUGAAGAUCAACAACAUAACAGACAAGAUGAAUAUAUAAAUAUGCAACAAGACCCAAAUUCUAGUUAUCGUGGACCUUAUACGGCUAAACAAAAUACACAAUAUAUACAACAAACAUAUGGUUAUCCAAAUUAUAGUAAAUAUUCUGCACAUGAUGAUAGUUAUAAAUAUACACCUUCUCCAAAAGAUGGCAUGAACCAAUAUUAUGAUUUUAAAACAUAUUAUUCUCCUAACACUAGUUAUGAUUCUACCGCUUAUUAUGACACGGACACUGUUUAUGACGAUGAAAAUAAUUAUGCUUAUGAUGUUAAUCAUGAUAUUAACAAUGAUUAUGCUUAUAAUGUUAAUAAUGAAAGUAGCGAAAAUUAUACUACUCAUGAUAAUGACACCACUCACUCAAAUUAUGAUCAACAAUAUCAAUAUAAUACUUCGAAUGACGAUAGUGAUGUAAACACUAAUAUUCAUCAGAAUUAUAGAAGUUUAGGAGGAAAACAUAAAUUAUACCACAGAAAACAUUCUUCUUAUAAUGAAUCAAACAAAAUAAAUAGAGAAGAUGUAAGACAACAUAAAAGAACAUUAAGAGGCCAAAAUGUAGCAGCCAGUGAAUAUGGUGAUACAACAAGAGCAUACAAAUAUUCAAAUUAUAAUACUCCAAAUCAAAGAACUAAACAAGAACUAUAUAUGAAUGCACCUACAAAAGCAACCCCAUUAAAUGACGACUAUUAUAAUGAUCAUGAUUUUUUUGUAGAAAAUAAUUCCAAAUCAGCUCAAAAAACAAAAAGUAGAAACAUACCAGACCAUCAAAAAAAAGGAAGCAUGUUUAGUGAUUAUAACCCAAUAGAACACAACGUCAAAUAUGAAAGCAGUCAUUCCAAGAAAGCAACACAAUAUGAUGAAAAAUCAAAACACGUAGCUAAUAAAUUAGAAUAUUUUGAUAAAAUAAUAGAUAUUUUACCAAGUAAUUUAAAUAAAGAAGACAUGCAAUAUUUAUGGGGUAAAUUUAUGAAUGUAGAAAAAAUGAAAUUUAAAAAAAUAGAAAGUUAUGUGAUUGGGUAUAUAAAAUAUUUAGCCAAAAAAUUUUUAAUACCAUCAAAUGAACAAAGCCGACAAAUUGAAAUUAUAAGUCAAUAUGCGGCGGAAGAGCUUACAACUCAAGAAAACAAUGAUAAUCUCGAUUUUCAAUCUUAUAUACGUCAAGGUAAUGAUAGUAAAGCAGAUUUCUUACAGUUUCUUGUCACAAAAAGUAAAGCAUGGGACAAUUUAAGACAUAUGAUGCAAAAUUGGUGGAUGGAGGAAUUAACUAUCCGAAUGCAACAACAAUAAUUUUUUGAAUAAAGGAUAAGAUUGCAAUACAUAUAAGUGCACUAAGAAUAAACAAAUAUAUUUAUACUGUACAAAUAUCAUAAAAUGUUGUAUAAAUAAUAUACAAAUGAAACAAAAAAAAAAAAAAAAAAAAAUUAAAAAAUAA